AUGAUCGGCCGCCUGCGUAGCAAGAAGAGCACCAAAAGUCUAAACGACAAGGACAAGGUGUUGAGGAAGCUCAGCCCUAUUGAAUGCCUCCAAUCUGUCCACCAUUCACUAGGAGCAAUUAUUGGAUGCGCGAUAUCAUGUCGCUAUCAUAUUCCCGAAGCACUCCUUACCUCGGAUACUGCAGCAUUGCAAAAUAUUGUUGAGAAUGCAUUCGCCCGCGCUAUUCUCCAGCAUCCGCUGUUCACGGUUGGGCGAAUUAACGUGGACUCCAAAAAGCCAUACUGGGUGCGCCUUGAUCAAAUCGACUUGAAUAACCAUAUCGAAUGGCGGACGGUCGCUGAUCAAGAAACAUACGAAAAGAUACUUCAUGAUGCCUUGGAAUGGCAAGUCAACAAAUCCUAUACGAAUCUCGAGACACGGCCUGGUUGGAGGGCAACGAUACUGAAAUCUGCCGAGUCCAACUUUAUCGACGUGGUGUUUGCUUGGGAUCAUACGCCAGCGGAUGGUAAAAGCGGCAAGAUGUUUCAUGACAGCUUUUUCACUUGUCUCAAUACACCAGAUGACAACGCCGUGAUCUUCAGAGACCGCGUCUUCGAGGUCCCAAACGCCGAACUCACGCCUGCAUUGCAUCACUUGAUCAAGCUACCCGUCUCCCUACAUUUUAUCGUCGGCGAAUUCGGGCGGGACAUUAUCUCUGGGAUGAAAGCGAAGGAACUACCGCAUAUGGCAACUUGGGCACCAAUACCGACAGAACCAUCCAAGACAAAUAUGGUGACGAUGAAAGUUACGAAAAGGGCAUUGAAGCCUGUGCUCGACACCUGUCGUCAGCACGGCACGACUUUGACAGGGCUUAUGCACGCGCUCAUUGCGGUAUCAAUGGCGACAAGACUUUCGGAAAUCAAGGCUCCAGCAUUCUUAUGCGGUACACCUGUUUGUCUGAGACAAUUUCAAAAGCCAGGACAUCCGAGCAUCGAUAUGAACAAGACGGCGAUCAACAGCGUGGCAUACUGGCCGUUUAGGUUUGACGGGGAACUCGUUGCAAAAGUUCGGGAACAAAUCAAUGAGGCUCAAACCAAGCCAGAUAUGAACACAAAUCUGGAAGCGACAGUCUGGUCCUCCGCGAAAGCUAUACGAGACGGUUUAUCUGCCAAGCUGGACUUUGGUACCAAGAACGAUCACAUCGGUUUAGCCAAGUUUGUCAAAGACUGGCAGUCUUUCGUCAAAGACCAUGGUAAAACGCGAUCUUAUUCUUGGGAGAUCAGUAACCUUGGUGUUACACAGGGCAGAGCGGAUGGCGAUGGUGAUAAGUGGUCUAUUGAGAGUGCUACGUUUACUCAAACUGCGCCGACGUUUGGUUCGGCUUUGACAUUCAGCGUCAUCUCUGUUAAGGGCGGGGGUCUGGUUGUGACGAAUACGUGGCAAGUUGGGGUUGUUGAUGAGGAAUUGGCUCUUGGUGUGAGUUCGGAUGUUGAAGGUUGGUUGAACGAGUUGGGGAAUACGGGCAGUAUCCACUUUGGGGCGGGUGGCAUGUCAAGCUGA